ACCGCGGGAUGCAGGCCCUGGUGCAGCAGGAGAUCCGGGCCUUCUCCCGGGCCCGCCUGCGGAAGCAGUGCACCCGGGUUACCACGGUAACGGGCAAGAGGAUGCUGGAGACGUGGAAGGAUGCUCGCUGGCACGUCCUGGAGGAAGGGGAGCCCCGCGGAGGGGCGGAGGCCUGGGGUUACGUGCAGGACCUCCGCCUGGACCUGCAGGUCGGGCUCAUUAAACCCUGGCUGCUGCUGGGCUCUCAAGAUGCUGCUCAUGACCUGGACACCCUGAAAAAAUACAAGGUCACCCACAUUCUCAACGUGGCAUAUGGAGUAGAAAACGCCUUCCUCGGCGAUUUCACCUAUAAGAACAUUUCCAUCUUGGACCUGCCUGAGACCAACAUCGUAUCUUACUUUCCGGAAUGCUUUGAGUUUAUCGAGCAAGGCAAAUCGGAGGGCGGGGUGGUCCUCGUGCACUGCAACGCGGGCGUCUCCAGGGCCGCGGCCGUGGUCAUCGGGUUCCUGAUGAAGAGCGAGGAGCUGACCCUGCCGAGGGCCUUGGCGGCGGUGAAGAGCGCCAGGCCGGCGGCCCGUCCGAACUCGGGCUUCCUGGACCAGCUGCGCGGAUACCAGCCGGCCCGGAACGGCCAGUAGGCCGGGAAUCCCGGGCCGGCCCGAGGAGACGGUUCGUGGAACCGGUCCAUCCGUCGGGGCUGUUUAUCGAGCACUUCCUGAAGAAGGAGCACCGUUCUGCUCCCUUUAAUCCGGGUUCAGAAAGAUUCAUUCAUUCGGUCGUAUUUAUUGAGCGCUCGCUGCGUGCAGGGCUCUGCGUUAAGCGCUUGGGAGAGUACAAUACAACAAUAAACAGACACAUUUCCUGCCCAUAGUAAGCUUACAGUCUCGAGGCGGGGGGACAGAAAUCAAGUCAAAUAAAGAAAUGGCGGAUAUGGUGCCAUGAGGCUGGGAGGGGGGAAGCGAGUAAGGGCGAGGCAGAAGGGAGUGGGAGAAGAGGAAAGGA